GAGGUAGGUAGCCAGCCAGCCAGCCGUCCGUACGUACGUCGCUCGCUCGCUGCUGCCGUCAGUUACCUCUGUACACCAGCCAGAAGGGGACGUGUGUGGCGGUGUCUCCCGAGCGGCCUGGCUCGCUGCUCCACGACAUUUGGAUACAUGCCCGCAGACAUCAGCUGUAGUGAGUGGCUCUCGGCGACCUCGUGGAUGCUUAGUGAUGCCCCGAGAGUGUGACGUGUGGAGAGACUCUUUCGACACUUGUUUACAUGUUGUUCAGAGUUUAACUUGUGAUUUGAUGACAAGUGAUGAGGACACCCACACGACAAUUGAAGCAUAUCAUCAAAUCUAGUGUCGCUGCAGUGAUCGCAGACAGCCAGUGAUAGUGUCAGUCAAUGUACAAAUUAUCGAAGUUUUGUGGUAAGAGUUGAGUAUCAAGUCUGGAUAUAUUUGGAACACAGGUGAACUCGAAGCUGCAACUUAGAUUCUUGUGUCAGUCUUGUGAUAACUUGAGCAGUGAAGGCGAGCAUUUUGAAAGUUGCUGUCGCGACACAAUAGGACUGUAUACGCAUUGUGCAUGGACAGUAGAGCCAACAGCAACUGCAACAACACCUCCUCAACACCUCUGUCUUCGAGGUGCCCGGCGUGCGGCUGGUCGUGGCCGCCAGCACCCGGCUCACCACCUCCCACCUGAGGCCCACAUGGUGGCCGGCCGCGCCUGGCCGAGCUGUUGCGCCCACCGACUGUGUGCCGUCAAGUGUGCCGCGCCCCGGCCUCCCUUGACCCUGCUGACCUGGGGGCGCCCGUGGAAGUGGCGCAACCUCACACGGCGGGCGUCUCCCAAGUGACCUCUUGUGGUGUGGGCCGGCGCGGGGGACGGAACCACUGGGUGACAUUUGCCUGGUGACUGUGACAGCUCGUGUGUGUACCUGUUGACCCGCUGGAGGAGCCCCGGCGACGUGUGAGCGUGAUUUGUGAGCCAGUGGGCGGCGUCGGGGCACGGCGGACAGGUCAGCUGAGGUUGGCCCGAGAGGACAGCACGCGUGGUGACGAGGCGGGUUGGCAGCUGCCCCACCCACCACCCUCCUGAUGGUGGCCGUGGCUGGCCCCAUAGCGUGCCUGGCCCCGGCCGGCCAUGGACAUGUUUAGCCUUCAGCUGGAGAGCGAGUGGGUGGGAGGAAGCUGUGGCGGCGGUGGGUCGGUGUCCGUGGUGACAACGGUCUGGGGAGUGACAAGCUCAACAACGCAGAGCACAGCCACGCCUACCCCCUCAACCCCCAACUGCACCACCAUGCCCGCGCAACCCUUCAACCCCCACUCCAAGUCCUUCAGUAGCAUGGUCAACUACCCCACCAAGCCCAACGGGUGGUGGGGAUCCCAGUCCGAUUCUGUCCAGUGCAAGACAGACCAAAAGCCCUUCGAGGACCAUUGUGGCAGCAACGGCGGGUACACCAAUAGCCCGGGCCCAGCGAUGUCAGGCAACACGGGCAUGGGUGGACCUGGCGGCAUGCAAGGCCCCGGCACGAUGGGUGGUAAUGUUGGAGGUGCCGGGGAUGCCCUCAACACUGCUGCGAUGGUGGCUGCGGCAACGGCAACAGCCACAGCCACCGCAGUUGCCCUUCGUCCUGAGAGACCCGAGAUGCAGGGACAGUACAACAGUCAGAUGACCAAUAUGACUGCUGGGUACUCAGGACCUGGACCUGGUUUUCCUAUGCAGCGGCCCUCCACACCCAACAUGAACAUGAACAACCCCAUGAAUGGCAUGAAUAACAUGAUGAAUAACAUGAUCAACAACAUGGGAGGCAACAUGAUGAACAGUGUGCCUAUGAGUAACAUGCAGAACAUGGGGCCUGGCAUGGGAAAGUGUAUGAACAUGCAGCAGCAGCAGAUGAUGUAUCAGCGAGGGAUGGGUCCAGGGAAUGGUCCUGGAGGAGGGCGAGCUGGUCCGUAUCCCAACCCUGCCAUGUUCAUGGCCCAGAAGCGGGCAGCUGCUCAAGGCCAGUUUUCUCAGCCAUCCAUGUCCCAGAUGGCUCAGAUGAAUCCGCAGAUGGGCAUGGGUGGUAUCCGUGGAGGCAGUGGGUACCCAGUCCAGCAGCCCCUGCCCUCUCAGUUCCCUCCGGGUCAGGGCAUGAGGCCCAAUAUGAGACCAGGAGGACCAUGUGGCCCGGGGGGUCCACCCUUUAACCAGGGACAAUUCUACAACCAACAGUACAACAACUUACAGUACAACGAGAUGGGACCAAUGGGACCCAUGAAUGGCAUGAAUAUGAACGGGAUGAACAAUUUGAGUGGGAUGAAUAGCAUGAGUGGGAACAUGGGCAGUGGCAUGACCAGUAUGGGGUCACACAUGUCCAUGUCCAUGUCCACCAUGAGCUCCGGCAGCAUGGCCCCAGGGGGCACCACUGGCAUGACCUCGGCCAUGAGUUCGGGCAUGAACAAUAUGAAUACUGGUAUGAACAGUGCAGGGAUGAAUACCAUGAACACUAAUGGAAUGAACAGUAUGAAUAGUGGUAUGAACAGUGUGAUGAACAGUGGCAUGACCAGUGGAAUGAACAGUGCUAUGUCUAUGACCAAUCAAAUGAACACCAGUGCAGGGAGCAACAUGACUUCUGGCAUGAACAACAUGAACAGUGGGAUGAACAACAUGUCCAGAAGUAUGAAUGCAGCCCCAGGAUCAGCCAAUGUAGGCAAUGUUGGGGGCAACUACCAGCACUCACCCAUCCCAGGCAACCCCACGCCACCCCUCACCCCGUACAUGAGUCCCCCAUAUGGCAACCAGCCUGAUGUUAAGCCGGACCUUUCAGAACUGAAACCACUUAUGCUCCAAAAGGACGAUGAGCUCCGGCUAACCUUCCCAGUGAGGGACGGCAUAGUGCUGCAGCCAUUCAGAUUGGAGCACAACCUGGCUGUGUCCAAUCACGUCUUCCACCUCAAACCCACCGUAUAUCAAACCCUUAUGUUUAGAUCAGAUUUAGAGUUGCAGUUAAAAUGUUUCCACCAUGAAGAUCGGCAGAUGAACACCAAUUGGCCAGCAAGUGUCCAGGUGUCUGUCAAUGCCACUCCACUCAGCAUCGACCGAGGGGAGCAAAAGACUUCUCACAAACCUUUAUACAUAAAAGCAGUUUGUCAGCCAGGAAGAAACACGAUCCAAAUCACUGUUACUGCCUGCUGCUGUUCUCAUUUAUUUGUUCUGCAAUUGGUGCAUAGACCAAGUGUAAGGUCCGUUCUUCAAGGAUUAUUACGGAAGAGGAUGCUGCCCGCUGAACACUGUGUUACCAAAAUCAAGAGGAACUUUAACUCUGUUGCAGCUUCAAAUGGUUCUCUAAAUAACUCUGAAGGUGAUGGAGUGGAGCAGACAGCCAUCAAGAUAUCACUCAAAUGUCCCAUAACCUUCAAGAAAAUCACACUGCCAGCCAGAGGCCAUGAUUGCAAGCAUAUACAAUGCUUUGAUCUUGAAUCUUAUCUUCAGAUGAAUUGUGAGAGAGGCUCCUGGCGAUGUCCUGUCUGCAACAAAACAGCCUAUCUGGAAGGACUGGAAGUGGAUCAGUAUAUCUGGGGCAUCAUCACCACCCUUGCCAAUUCCUCUGUGGAUGAGGUCACCAUGGACUCCUCAGCCUCAUGGAGAGCAUCCAACUCUUCAGGGAUGCCAGGCACCCCCGGUGUCAAGGAUGAGGACUCUGAUGCCUGCAUGAAGCGGUGGAACAAGGCCAUGUCGCCUGGGAGCAUGACUUUGCCCACCAUGAGCAACUUUGACAUGGGACAGUCCAUGAGCCCUUAUGUGCCUCCUGACAUGAACAGUAUCAACAAUGGUUCCAUGAUGAAUAUGAUGAACAUGGGCAAUGGCAGUAGCAGCUCUGGCAUGUCCAGAUCCACAUCUCAGUUUGAUCUGAGUUCUCCUGACUUCACGAGAGGUGGUGGCCCUCUCUCACAGCUGAGUGAGUCCGUCAACAAGAUGGACCCUCUCGGGGCUAUGGAGAAGUCAGUCAAAGAGCAGAUGGUCCCACAAAUGGGUCCUCCUCCACCCUCCACCUCAGCCAGUACCUCCAACUCCACCCUAGCAACACCAACACUCUCCUCCACCACUACCACCACCUCCACCUCCUCACAACCUCUGUGUUCCACCACCACCUCCACUACCACCACCACCUCCUCAACACCCACAUCAGCCACACCACAAGCAAGUGUGAGCAGUGGGCCUGGGAUGCCUCACACCCCUCACACCCCACACACCCCACACACACCCCACACACCUGGGGGAGUUGGAGGACCACCUAGUGUACCCUCAGCAGGAACAUGCAGUAGCACCUGCAACACCACCAGCAGCAACAACAGCACUAGCAACAGUAGCAACACCAGCACCACCACCAUCAGCAGCACCAUCACCAACAACACAACCACCACCACCACCACUGAGGCUCACAACACCUGUAAUGAGAUGAGUGACCUCCCCACCCUCAGCUUUGAUCCCCUGGAUGGUGAUGGUUCGGGUCAGGAUGGGCUGGAUGUCAGUGUCUUCAACAGCGGAGUGGACCCGAUGGACCCAUUGGAGCUACUAUCAUACCUAGAGCAACCAGACUAUAACACUCCACCUUCUUCAGGAGCCUCUUCACAGGGGCAGGGUGCUGGCAACACCCCUGCAGGUGCUGGCCUAUCCUCAGCCCCAGACACAGAUGACAUACUGGCGCUAUUUGACUGAGAGUGAGGGGUUCCAGCAACCCCAUAGUGUUGUUAAGGAAAGAAUUCAGGUGCUUGAAAACUUUUGUUAGAUGUGUUUGUGAUUCAGGUACAGAACUGCAUUCUCGCAGUGGACUGAAUACAACCUCUAACUUUUCUACGUAGAAACAUGGAAGAACUGUGAUAUUCAAAAUUAGAUUUGAGAGAAACAUUUUGUGCAUUUGCAGUUAUCUCAAUCAACUUGUGCUUCACAGUCUUCAUUUGAGAAAAAAACUUGUUAGUGAACAAGACAGUGGAACAGUGAGACUGAAGGUACAUGUUUGAUGUGGUGUGUAAGGCACAGUUUGACAACGCACAGCUGGACUGGGAACCUCAGCAUCAAGGAAGUGCACUCACAUACAUCCACCCUCAUCCUGACAAACACACACACACACACACACACACACACACACACACACACACACACACACUGCUCACAAACACACUCAUAUACAGGAAAGAAUGCUGCUCCAGUAAAAAAGGGUGUUUUAUUUUUUUAUUUCAUAAUUUUAUCAGAUAAUAGUGAUGCAUAUUCUGAUAUUUUAAAAGCAACCAGUGAUUGUACAGAUCACUUUAGCAAUGACUCUUGUGACCUGCAACUUUGAGCAGGUCCACAGCCUGGGGUAACUUCAGACCGGAUAUAUUCCAAUGUAGAAGAAACAGUCCUCUUCGUGUUUAGCUCCAAAGGACACUGGCGGUUUCUCCCAAAUGAGUAGUUAGGUUGACAGUUUCGUAGAAUAACUCAUUGAUUGUGGCUAUGCAAAGGUGUCCACAGUAGUAGUAUUUCAAAAGAUCAAUCAUGACAUCAAAAUGACAAUAUGCAUAAUAUUGUCCUGAGUAGAAACAUGCAAUAUUUUAGUCCAUGUUGGCUGUUUUAAGUUUUUAGCCCAUAACAAUGACAAAGAGAAGCAUGUAUGUCUGUAGGUCCCCCAACUGUCUGUAAAUAUGACUCUCUGAAGACCAAAGUGAGAGGUUAUAAGUCUGUCUGAGAUGUUCUGAGCGUGUGUCAGAGCAGCAGCACCGUGCGUUGUUUUUAUGUUGACAUUAUUCAGGUCCAGUGGGGUGCACAUCAGAGCGAUAAUGGGUAUAACUCCCACAAAAUUAUCUUGUGAGUGUUGUUGUGAAUGCAGUGUGAUAUUUCUGGCUGCACAGGCUCAUGGGUGGUUUACUGUCUAGACGAAUUAUUGCAUUUAUUUAUAGGUUACUCCCAUAUGCCUGUCAGCCUAAUUUUCAUGUACAUAGCUGUGUACAGAAAAAUGUCCUUUUAUUUAUCUCACUGGUCUCUCCCUUAGAGUCCUGCGCAUUGUCUAAGCUUUAAUACCCCCUCCCUAGCUCUGUCUUCACCACCAUCCUGUAGAAUAUGCCACCACAUACAGUACACCACCACGCGGGUCGGCCCCCUCCUGCCCCGCCCCUCUAGGGGCCCCGGGAGCCCCAACCCCAACCUGGCUAUUGUAGUGACUUUGGUCCCAAAAGAUCGCAUGUUACAUUUUUAUCAGAAGUUUAUAUAUAUGUAAACACACACACACACACACACACACACACACACACACACACACACACACACACACACACACACACACACAAA